AUGCUUCGAAGCAAAUAUAGCAUCGUCUUUAUUAUCAUCUUUGGCUUGAUCAUUCAUAAGUAUUACUGCAAAGAGCAAACGUACGAACAUUUACAAAGCAAACCACUACGUUUCCAUGUCGCUGAAUUCAACUUUGAUCAUGUAUCGAAUGUGUAUGCGAUUACAUUAUGGAUUCUACUCGGAUCAUUAGCUAAAGUUGGCUUUCAUCUAUCGCAUCGUUUAACUGAAAAAUUUCCUGAAAGUUGUCUUCUGAUCAUUCUGGGUCUUAUCGUUGGUGCUCUUCUUUACGUUACUCAUUUAGCUGAACAGAAAGCCUAUGUACUCAAUAGUGAAACGUUCUUCUUGUUUCUUCUACCGCCAAUCAUUCUCGAAGCGGGUUAUUUUAUGCCAAAUCGACCAUUCUUCGACAAUCUUGGCACAAUUCUCCUACUUGCUAUUGUCAAUACAUUGUUCAAUACAAUUUGUAUCGGUCUAACUUUAUGGGGAUUUCAAUUUACACCUAUUUAUGGCGGUACUCAAUUCGAUAUGUUACCUUGUCUUGUUUUUGCUGCGCUUAUCUCAGCCGUCGAUCCUGUUGCUGUCUUGGCAACUUUCACAGAAAUUCAUGUUAAUGAUAUGCUCUACAUUGUCGUGUUUGGAGAAUCUUUGCUCAACGAUGCAGUGUCAGUUGUGCUCUACCGUAUGUUCGAAUCUUUCGCUAAAAUUGGCCAAGCGAAUAUCAUUGUCAUGGAUGUUGUUUUGGGUUGUUUAUCAUUUUUUGUCGUUGCACUUGGAGGCGUCUUAAUCGGUAUCAUAUUUGGAGUGAUUGCAUGUUUUACGACAAAAUUCACUGAACAUACGCCUGUGUUAGAACCAUUGAUUAUCCUCGUUUAUGCUUAUUUAGCUUAUCUCACAUCAGAAAUGUUUUCGGUAUCAGGUAUCUUAGCUAUUACGUUUUGUGGUAUGGUUAUGAAGCAGUAUGUGUCAUUCAAUAUCUCAAAGAAAUCCGACGCUACAACGGAAUACGUUUUGAAAAUGUUAUCGAGCAUCAUGGAAACGAUUAUUUUUAUGUUCAUGGGUUUAUCAACUGUCAGUGAUAACCAUUCAUGGAACACAGGUUUCGUUCUUAUGACUAUUCUUCUGUGUCUAGUCUAUCGAGUUAUUGGUAUCGCUAUCUUUACUAAUAUUGCCAAUUGUUGGCGUUUACUUGAGUUAACACGAAUUGAUAUGUUAAUUAUGUCCUAUGGUGGUUUACGCGGUGCUAUCGCAUUUGCAUUAGCAUUGGUUCUAGAUGAAACAAAAAUCGAACGAAAGAAAGAAUUUGUCACGGCAACAAUCGCUGUCGUGUUCUUCACAGUUUUUAUACAAGGUAUUACCAUUGGCCCAUUGGUGAAAUUAUUGAACGUUCGACGAAAGCAAAUUGAAGAACCGACAAUGUCGGCAAAAUUAACAAAUCGAAUGAUGGAUCAUGUUAUGACUUGUCUCGAAGAAAUCUCUGGUAGCGGUGGUAGCAAUUCAUUACGUGACCGAAUUCGAAAUUUCGAUCGAAUUUAUUUCAAGCGAUGGUUGUUACGUGACACUCCGGAAAUCAGGAUGGAUAUUAAAUUGUUACAGACAUUUAAAAAGAUCAAUACUCAAUCUGCAAUGCGAGUUCACGACGCGUCUCGCGGACUUGUACCAGCCGCAGCGGCAACAACAAGCACUGCUGAUGAGCCCGGAUCAGGAAAUAAUUUAAAAUCGGACCGACGAUUUGAAAACAUCUCAGAAUUGAUUGCGGCAAAUCUACCUGAAAAUACCGUUCCGGAUUUAAUGUUUUUUGAAAACCGUGGUGGUGAUCAUCAUCAUGAUGAUGUCCAGAUGCAUCAUUUUCUGGAUUCGAAUCUAUUUAAUGCCAGACCAAGGGCUGCUAUUCAUCAUCGGAAUCAAGAUGAAACUGCGAGUUCAGAUGAUGGAACACAUAAUCGUUUUGAAAAAUCGUACCAUCAUCGUGAUCAUCGAUAUCUGCCAUCACCACUCGAUCGAGAACAUUUGCGCGGCCCAAAAACCAUCACUACAACUACGCCUCGACAGCACGAAUCUCGAUCACAGUCAAUAUCAACAACACGAGAAAACUCACCUGGUUCAUCGAAACAUCGUACUAAAUCCUUGUCGAAGAAAUCAAAUCAAACACCACCCUCGACCUCGGUGCACUCAGAAAAUGAAGGCACUGGUGCAACAGCUGCAGAACGCAACCAUCCAUGGCGUCAUUCGUCCGCCACGGAUGAAGCGAAGACACUCAAUGUAGGAUCCAAACAUGGCAAUGAUCCUCAUCUUCACAAUCUUCCCAUAACAGGUGAAGAUAUAAGUGGUACAUAUCAGAAAUCACCUGAGUCUAUGGGUGAAUAUGCAACAACAACAAAACCGGAAGAACAAUCUUCACGUCCGGAUGUACGUGUUCUAUUUAAAAAGCGAUCACAAAACACGCUGGAACAUCAAGAUGAUGAUCCUGAUGAAAGUGUUACUCGUUUGUGA